AUGUCUGAAGACGACAUCGACAACCUUGGGGCGGAUGGCCCCGUCAAUCCCGUACGCAUUGACCGCGACCGCCGAGCACCGCGCUUCAGCUGGACCCCAUCCUACGAGACGACCUUCUUCCGAAGCCUAUGCGAGAGCGUCCAGCUCGGCCUGCGCGAGAAUAGCAGUUUCAAGGCCGAGGCGUGGGAGCGGGCCGCCCAGGCCCUCCAGGCUACCCAUGGCGCCUACCCAGCCAAGAGCCACCUGAUCAACAAGAGCGACAACGCACGUAAGAGAUUCCGUCUCUGGAGAGGGCUGCGCGAGGAUCCCGAGUUUAUGUAUGACCCAAUUAUGAGGACGGUGACGGCCACGGAAGACGCGUGGAAAGCACAUAUUGAGAAAGAACCCCUUUCUCGAGCCUUGCGAGGCCGGCCGUUCGAUCACGAAGAUUUCAUGGAGAUUUUAUACCCAGACGUGAUAGGGUCGGGCGGUGCGCCGAAAAGAAUAAUGAAGCCACGGCGGCGGACAGACGGGGCACCUGUCGACGACGCAGAUAUGCCGGGAACAGGCGUGCUAAACUUGCAAGGAAACGCAAAGUCCCCGGGGGAUGGCACCACGUCGAACGGUGUGCAGCAGCAGAGACCGACACUCAGCCAGACCCCUACAGGGUCGUCGAACGGAUCGAUGGGACAACAGCAGGCGCAGGUGCAGGUCCCGACGGGAGCGAUACCAUUACCGACAGUGGUAACACCAGCCACAUCAAGCGCAUUAACACCUCCAGACGAGACAUUGACUGGCCAGGUUCAGCUGGGACGGAAGAGGAGACAGCCCGAUUCAACCGGAUCACCGCCAUUGGCUGGGGCAGCGCCAGCAUUGGGAGGAUCAGCUGCGGCACCCUCCAGCAGUGUACUCCCGUCAGAGAAGCGGCGGCGAACGAGCGGACAAGAUCUUCUUGCGCCAUCCACAGCUGUCCCUACGGUACCGCCCACAUUAGGGGGUAGCCAUAUGCAGCAGACCGCAUCAAGUGCCCAACUACCCUUGGUAGAGGAACUCCUGGAGGCUCUCAGGACACGGGCGGCCCCGCGAUGGCGGGAGCAGGCGCUGGACAUCUUCUUCCAGGAGUUCUCCGAGGAAGAGCUCGACCUGCAGGUUAAGAUUUCUGAGAACGUGCUCAGCAUCGAGAAUAAGGCCAUGGUAUUUUGCAAGAUGCCGAGAAACGUUCGGCAGCAUUGGGUUGGCAAGUUCCGCGAGAUGCACCAACUGAAUAAGACAUCAUAG